AUGGCCGAUUUCGAGUCUAGCCAAGGCGCCUUUACGGCCCUUCCGGUGACGGCAGCAGCAGUGGCGCGCAGCCACACAGAACCAAGUAAAUACCUGACAAACAUCUGCAUACGGUGUCGCUCGUACCCGAGCAGGCUGUGGGAAGAGUACAGGGUGAAAGAAGAACUUGGCUGUCAGGACUGUCUGCCGUUCCACGUCUCGGUUGAGAAGCCUACGUCAGCCACCUCGGAAAACUCGCCAUACGCGAGGCGACAGGUGCGGAAGUGUCUCGCAAUCGCUGAUGAGGCCGUGUCUGCUACGAACGCAUGA